AUGGUUACCAAGGCCAUCAAGAAAGCAAAGGAGGCUAUAGUCCUCAAGGCGGACGGGACGCGGCACGAGGAAACGACAACAUGGUGCAAUCGCGAUCUAGUCCCUCUACCGCCAUCUAGGCGAACCUGGGGAUGGUUCAACUUCUUUGGAUCAUCUACACUCGGUGCUCUCAACGUGUCGACGUGGCAGACGCCCAAUACCUUUCUUACCCAGGGUCUCUCCGUUGGGCAAGCCAUGGCCAUCAUUGUCGUGUCGCGAUUCAUUGUCUCUUUGUUCGCCUGCAUCAUUGCCUGGUGUGGUCUGACCUGGCACAUUGGCUUUACGGUUCAGAACCGCUUUACAUGGGGGUUACGUGGAGCAUACAUCCCGCUCCUUCAACGGUGCAUGUUGAAUUUUAUUUGGAACGCCGUCCAAUGUAAGGCACUCCGGCAUCCUGAACUUGCAUUGAUAUCUCGUGCUAACCUGACGCAGAAGCUGCCAAACACUCUGUCCGCUUCCACCCCGACGACGACCCAGGAAUUGGUGGGGUUCACUGUAUUUUGGGUGAUUUCUUUUCCAUUCCUGUUUCUGCGACCGGAACGAUUCAAGAAGCCUUUUUUCUUCUCAAGCAUCGGGUGCGGCCUUGCGAUGAUCGCCAUGAUGAUCUGGUCACUGGUAGUAGCUGGCGGCGUGGGUCCCAUCUUCUACCAGAGCCAGAAAACCACGGCGACGGCAAACUGGAGCAUCUCGUGGUUGAUGAUGGCUGGUCUUAACCAGUCCAUCGGCUCCAAGGUAGCUGGAAUUGUCAACGAGAGUGACUUCUCGAGGUAUUCCAACAGCAACCUUGGUUUCGUUCUUGGCACUGUGUCUGUUCAGUGGUUUGUCGGUAUAUUUGUCUCGUUGGGCGGCCUUGUGACGACAUCAGCAUGCCAGGUCAUAUAUGGCGAAAUCUGGUGGAACCCUCCAGACCUGAUGAUGGUCAUGAUGGACUACGGUGAGGGAUCAUCCAAGGCUCGCGCUGGAGUCUUCUUUCUUGCGCUUGCUUUCACCUUUGCCAUAAUGUUCCAGAAUGUUUGUGGCAAUGCAGUGGCCGGUGGCAUCGAUCUCGCGGGUAUCUUCCCACGCUACAUUGAUAUUCGUCGGGGUUCACUUAUAACCUUCAUGGCCACAUGGAUCAUUCAGCCGUGGCAGCUGGUGAACCGUGCCGAGACGUUCAUCACGGUCCUGAGCUCCUUCUCUGUAUUCCUCGCCCCGCUAAUGGGCGUCAUGAUCUGCGACUACUACAUCCUAAGGCGGCAAAAGAUCAAACUCAAUGACCUCUACCGAUCUGAUCCCUCAGAUUACUGGUUCUCUCACGGGUUCAACUGGAGAGUGAUACCCUGCUGGGUGGCGGGUUGGGCCCCCACUAUUGGCGGUCUCAUCACCACCGCGGGCGAGAUGGAAAACGCACCCAGGUCCCUCACAGAAUUGUACUACACUGCCUUCUUUACCGGUCUCGCCAUAUCAUUCACUUUAUUUUAUGCCGUCAACUUGAUCUUUCCUGUUGAUGGGCUUGGCCAGUACGAUCAGUAUGAUGAUUGGGCAACUUUUACCGCCAAGGAAGCGGCUAAGCUCGGAGUGGUUCCGAACGAUGACGCCGAAGAGCUCCAGAAGAUUGCUUUUGGUGCCUCUGGAUACAAUCGGCGUGCGAAAACGGCUCAGACCGAUGCGACCGAGUUUGAGGCCAAAGUCUAA